CAGGUGAAUGGAAGGAUCAAAGGGAAGUGGAGACUUCUUGACGAGUGGAUGGAGUGCCAUCUUCCAAGUGUGGUCGAAGCGGUGGCGGCAGCGUGAUCCUUCAUAACAUCGAGCUGGCUCUCGGCCAGCGUCCGCGCCUUGGCCCACCGCGCCCUCGAGACAGGUGGUGGUUGCGGGGACCGGCUGCCACCGCUGGCCAUUUCAGUUCAACGAGUCAGAGGUUCUCUCCCAUUCGUUGUCGCGAGAGCCUGACGAACAAUCUCUACGCUUCUUGGUUGCUGGCGCAUCCCGGCGCUCAGAGCCGGACGGGCGACCUCGGUCGCGAAUCUGGCGGUACCGAUCAACCAUUUCCUGCAGCUUGCUUUUGACCGUGGUGAGCCUGUGGCGGAAGUUGGGGGAGUGGCGAAUGAGCUCCUGGAGGAUGACAACGUUGUAGUUUUGGCCCUGAAUGCCUCGCAUACUGCGGAUGAGGACGUCAAGAUCGUGACGCACUUCCGCAUGUAGCAUCUCCUCGUCGUCCUGCCACUGGGUCGUUGCCGACGCGGUCGGCCUGGCGCAGCUGGAUGGCGUGGCCGUUCGUCGAGUGGUAGAGGGGGUGGUGGUCUGCGGCGGUGCGGAUGGUGGCUAUUGCCAUUGGCGGCUCAUCGGUGGGUGCAGGUGGCAUCACCUCCGCCCCCGAAGGGCCGUCGUCCAGCUCUCCAAAGUCCUCGUUUGGCGAUGAACGCGUCGAUGUCAUCGACAGAGAAACGCUGCCUCGACGGUCGUGCACAGGCCUCCUGAGGAGCGGGGCCAUGCUGACGACGUGGCGCGACAGGAGGUCCCGUUGGCAGGGCAGCGGGAGACGGCGGCGUUGGGAUCGCGGCUGUUGCGGGCGUCGGAUGGGCGGUUCAGCUGGUCGAGGCCUAGCGGUCGGGGCCAAGUGCAUGGGUAGGAAAGUCGUCAGGAGGGGUUCCCUCGUUGGAACCGUGGUGGGAGUUGAACGCCAUCGUCACAAAAUUUUUGGCCCCAGAAUCAUGCCCCCCAACGUAGGAUACUUUGUGGAAUGCCAUGGGUGCACUGUGCGAAGUGUUCCGCAACAUGCAGCGAGCUAUGUUACCAGGGCGGGGAUCUGGGGACCGACUUUGUCCAGAGUUCCACGAAAGCGCACAGCAGUGUCGUAACAGCGUAGAGGCGGGGUGGGCUUUUAGAGUGAUAUGUUACAUGAUUUAGGGUAGAGCUAUAUGGUUGAGGUAAAACGAAUUCAUUAUGUUUCUAUGUAACAUUUGAAGC